CCAUGAAAGUUAGUCCCCACACGCAGUUGCCGCUCCGAGCAACGAACGAAUUUUCUCAAACCCCUCUCCGUCACACGUCGCCUCGUGCUAUUAUUGAUCGGUGAACGAGAACGAGGGUGCGCGCCCGCGCCGCAUCACCAGCCUAGACAAAAGAGCCACGAGUGGGGGUGUCUUUUUCCAACUCCAUGAGUACAUCGCCCUAACUCAACCCCAACGAGACUUCCAAAUAUCCUGGCUAGUGUUGUUGUCGCCCUGAACAUGUCUGGCGCAAGACAGGGACUAUAUCGGAUUUGCAACAUUGCCGGAACAAGUGCACAGGAAGUCGGUCAAACGAGGAUUCGAAUUCACUCUGAUGGUCCUGGGUGAAACCGGGCUUGGAAAAUCAACCCUUAUAAACAGCCUUUUUCUCGGUGAUCUUUACAAAGAACGCAGGAUUCCAGAUGCCUUCGAACGCGUGGAAAAGACAACGUCGAUCGAGAAAAAAAUGAUGGACAUCGAAGAACGAGGGGUUCGACUCCGACUGACGAUCGUUGAUACUCCAGGUUUCGGUGAUGCGGUGAACUGUGAGGACACGUGGAAAGCAUGCUCCGCAUACAUCGACGAACAAUUCCGCCAAUAUUUCACUGAUGAGAGUGGACUCAAUAGGAAAAAUAUUCAAGACAACAGGGUACAUUGCUGUCUGUAUUUUAUACCACCGUACGGACACGGGUUACGACAAUUAGACCUCGAAGUCCUGAGGCGGUUACACAGGAAAGUAAACGUUGUUCCCGUCAUUGCCAAAGCGGACACCCUGACGACGCACGAAGUGAAAAAACUGAAGGAACGCAUACUGGCUGAUAUCGAGGAGCACGAGAUUCAGAUUUAUCAGUUCCCUGAUUGCGACAGUGACGAGGACGAGGAUUUCAAACAGCAAGACAAAGAAUUGAAGGCGACGGUGCCGUUCGCCGUGGUAGGGAGCUCCACGGUUCUCGAAGUUGCUGGACGGAAAGUCCGGGGACGACAAUAUCCUUGGGGGGUUGUAGAAGUCGAAAACCCAAAACACAGCGAUUUUGUUAAAUUAAGGACGAUGCUAAUAUCGACCCACAUGCAAGAUCUGAAAGACGUCACGCAAGACGUUCAUUACGAGAAUUUUCGUGCCCAGUGUAUUUCUCAAAUAUCCCAACAGGCUAUCCGGGAAAGGAGGUAUUUACGCAUUAAGCUGAAACGGGACUCGGGUCCGCAUUUCGAGAAUAGUAUAUCCGACACUGACAGACUUUUGUUGCAGAAGGACGAAGAGAUCCGGAGAAUGCAGGAUAUGCUUGCACAAAUGCAGGAAAAGUUGAAAGCCACGGGCCAAGGAGGGGGUGGAAUAGGGCUGCGGGGGAGGGUCGGAAGUCUUGGGAACGAUCUCGACUCAACGGAACUGGACAAGAAGCGAAAUAGUAUUAUAGAUGUUUAGAUUAAAUAUUUAUUUCGAAGAGAAUAGAGGGCGCGUGCGCCUCGGAUGGAAAAUAGCACAGAAACUGACGGAGAUUGGCUACAAAACAAAAGUCCGAUCGAUUAACGCACUUCGCAAAAGAAAAAUAAGAAACAAGUCGGAUAACCUCGAAUGGCCCUGAAUUUGUAUUCACUGUAGAAUUCAAUUAAUAAUUUACAGAUUGAAAGCGAUUUGAGGGAACGAUUGAACGUCGAUUGAGCGGAAGGAUGGUUAUGAGAAAUCAAUCAAUCCGGACUGACUCGUUUUUUGCUUCAUUUUUCUCACCGCAAUCGGAGCAUCGUGAAUACAACUUCAGGGUCGUUGGAAUUUUAAUAUUUUCUUAUGAGCAUUUUUGAACGUGACGUUUUAAUAUUAAAAAAUCGUUGGUAGCUCUAGCACACGUGUAUUUCGCCAAAACGACAAAAUUUUUAAGCUCAAAUUUGUAAGAUAUUAGCACACGGGUCAUGGAUAAUAGAUCUCUCUCGAAGCUGACACGAACAUCUUAAAGAUUCAUAAACGUGAUUAGAAAUUAUGACGUUGGGUUGGAUUUCCAUUCAUUUUGACAAAGUUAUUAAUUCCGAUGUUUUCGAGUAACUGUUCUAUCAGGGCGACCCCAACUUAAGUCUCUAGAUUUGUGAUUUGUGCACGAACCGUCACGAUUGGGACUUAUCGGACCAUUUUUAGGGCUCGUGAUAGAAGAUAUUUUAUCUCAAACACAUCAACAUGCGUUUCUUGUUUCUUAUUAUUUAUGGUUACAUAUUAAGUACAUUCAUUUUCAAAUGAUAUGUAAUACGAGAUAUAAGUAGCAUUGCAAUUACGUGAAACAGUAUUGAAUAAUAAUAAGAAUGAAAUCUGGA